CUCCCCCCCUGCCACCCCCCAACCCCUGUGGUGGGCACCAUGCUGUCCCAGCAGAGAGCCAGCCUGGCCGAGCCCCGCCGUGCCAGCCCCCCAGCCCACGUGCGAGUGUGCGUCCGCCUGCGCCCCUGCAGCCAGGGGGACCCCUGCAUCCGCGGCCUGGAUUCCCGCUCCCUGGAGAUCAUCUAUUGGAGGAACAAGAUGGAGACUCUACAGUACGAGUUCGACACCUUCUAUGGUGAUCCAGCCACCCAGAAUGACAUCUACACCGGCUCCGUGCGGCCUGUCCUGUGCCACCUGCUGGAGGGGCAGAACGCCAGUGUGCUGGCCUAUGGGCGCACCGGUGCUGGUAAGACGCACACCAUGCUGGGCAGCACUGAACAGCCAGGUGUGAUCCCACGGGCGCUGCGGGAUGUCCUGCAAAUGACACGGGAGGCGAGCCGCUCACCCGGGGCUGAGGAGUGGGACUUCUCCGUCUCCAUGUCCUACCUGGAGAUCUACCAGGAGAAGAGACUGUCCAGUUUGGCCGAUGUACAUAGCAGAGGGGCAUUCUCUGUUUUAGACCCCGUUCCUGUCACCGCAUAA